AUGUCUGUCCGCUACGGUACUCCCAACCGCACCCCGUCGCACGCGUCGCACUACGGGCAUCAACAGCGCCCUCCAAGCACACAAUAUGGUGCCCCGCCACCGCAGCAAGGCUACUACGCACAAGGACAUGCGACUCCUGCUCCCGGAUACGGUGCCCCUCCUCCUAUGCAAGGUCCACCUCCUGGGGCCGAUCCCCAGCUGUGGCAGUGGUUCUCUGCAGUCGACAGCGAUCGUUCGGGAGCGAUUAGCGUUACCGAACUCCAAGCCGCUCUCGUGAAUGGGUUCGACCUCGAUACCGUAAAGAUGUUAAUGUCCAUCUUCGACACGGACCGUAGUGGCACAAUUGGGUUUAAUGAGUUCGCCGGGCUGUGGAAAUACAUCCAGGACUGGCAGAAUGUCUUUAGGCACUUCGACCGAGAUCGGUCUGGGUCCAUAGAAGGAGCCGAGCUCUCGGAGGCCCUGCGCAGCUUUGGAUACAACCUGUCGCCCACGCUCCUGUCACUGCUCGAGCAGAAGUAUGCUUCCGGUCCUUCUGACCGGUACGGCCCACCACCUGGCAUCACGUUUGACCGAUUCGUUCGGGCAUGUGUCGUGGUGAAGACGCUCACAGAAGCAUUCCAACGGGUUGAUACGGACCGUGACGGAUGGGUCCAAAUGAACUACGAACAAUUCAUGAAGAUUGUGCUCAGUGCACCUUGA